CAAAAGCUCGUGACGGCAACAAAUCAACAAUGAAAACAUUCCCUGAAGCGUGCAAGCCUUCCAAUCCAGUGUCGUUUCAGUUCGUUUCAGCCGCAGUUGCUCGCGAAUGCCCGGCUACAACCGACCUCCAUGUAAUUACCUAUCAACGUAUAUACUAAGUACUACGAUUAUUAUAUUGUAGUCAUGUUUAGUGAAACUCACUAAUGUUUGCUUUGCAUUCGCAGCGGUUGCGUAGGAGGCUGAGCGCACCCACGUCAGGGUCAGCGCGGCGGCGAGCGCGGGAGCGUCGCCUCGCGCAGCUGACUCGCGUGGAGGGCGAGCGUUUGGCUCAGGAGCGGAAAGAGCGGGCAAGGAGAGAGAAGUUGGAGCAGCAGCGACAGGUCCGAGCAGAGCUGGCGUCGUACGAGCCAUGGGGCCGAGCCGGCGGUGGCGCGCCUAACGCGCGGAGCCUACGCCGCACGGAUCUGCGAGCCUGGGGCAUUUAUCCUGAAGACGAACUGAAGGGUGUGGCAUCAUACGAAACAUGCCGCCGCUGGUCGGGUCGGCGUCGGCGUCGGCGCACGCCGCUGCGGCUGCGCGAGGACCCACAGCACUGCUACACCGAGAGCCUGCGCCGUGCCGUCGACAACGACAUCCGCUACCGACAGACGCCGGACCAGCAGCACACCUACAGGCAGAUACUUGACGAUAUGGUCGAUACGCGCAAACGGGCUAUCAAAGACGAAAUGAAGAAAAACCUAGAAUACGAGCGAAAAAUGCAAACUAUGGAUGGUCCUUGGGGUAAACCGGGACCUGGCGGGACUAUAUGGAGAAACCCUAGAGACAUAGGGUUAAACUUCUCGAAGUCUAUGGGUUGGACCGACAACGAUCUUUUAAAUAAGCUACAAAGUGAUGAACACAAACGCUAUAAGAGAUCUUCACUGACUUUGCCUAACGUAAAGAGAGAUGAUGAUACUAAAGAUAAGGAGAGAAACACACCAGAUAAGGAGAACAAGCCUCAAAGCGAAUUAAAACUUCCUGAUAUUAAACACACUAAUAGUCCGAAAAGUAAAAAUAAAGAAGCACAGAAAGAGGACAGUACACAAACCAGCAACAGGCAAGUAACAAACCAUCAAGUUGUAAAAAAAGACGAGGGUGUUUCAAUAGCUACUAGUAAAAACAAACUAAAGAAGAAGACAUUUGUAAAGAGGCUACCAAAUGGGGAAAAAAUUAAUCGAACUCUACCUGAGGAAGAACAUGUUGAUAAAGUCGAAAUAGAAAAUGCAACAGAUAUAGGAGAAAAGAAGUUGACACCCGAAGAGACGAUACUGCGUACGACAGGUGGUAUAGAGUUGGUGCCUAUCUUGGCGCGGCGGAGGCGGAUCGGACCACGCACGCUGCACUCAAGUGACGUCACUAGACCCCCAGAGGACAUGUGCCAAUGGCGAGAACUUCUGAACGAGGGUUAUCUGAGAGAAUUGAAACAUCAAAUGAAGGUCAAGUACCAGCGAAAAGAGGAAGCCCGUCAGAACUCGGCUGAGAGCGUGCGGCAGCAUCAAGAGACCUGGGCCUCGCUGUGGGGCCGUCCCGGCCACGGUGCGCCGCAGCAACGCGGGCGUUACGCCCGCAACAACCUAGCGCGCCUACUGUAUGUUGGGCCCCUUACCAAUACUUUUACGUGAA